GCUGUCGGUCCUUUCGUCCUGUCCUUUCGUCCUGUCCGUCCCGAGGCCGAUGCGCGACGCGGCGGAGCUGACGGACAUCGAACCAGACGACGCGACGGUGGAUCCGAGGGCGAAAAUUAACUACGACGAUUGUAACGUCGGUGACUACGUCAUCAUCAAGGGCGAAAACGAGGACGGGGAAGAGGAGGAUUGGUUCGGACAGGCGCGCGACGACAAAGCGCCGCGAGACGCGAUUGACGCUCUCGAGACGCGAGCGAGAGAGACUGACGGCGAUCCUCGUGCGUGCGCGCAGAUAAAAGCGAAGGUUGCGCAAAACGAACUCGCCACGGUGAAAUUUCUGCAAAAAUGCGAAAAUUUAGAAGAAUUCAUCGAUGAGUUUCCCGACGCGGAGGAGAGCGAUAUCACUGACAUGUAUCAGUGGUGGCAAGGUUACGGGACAGAAAACGUCUCACCGGAUACCUUCAAGGAGUUGGGUCCCAAUAUUUUCCACAGGGCGAGACGAUCAGGUUUGGGUGACACGGGCAAGAAGCGGUACUUUUGUCGAGCUUCCACGUGCAUGGGCCGUUGCAAUGUGGAAGCCGGACUGAAGCGAAAGGCGCCGGCGACGGCGACUGUGAAGCUAGAGGUUGACGUGGACCUGGAGCCGAAGAAGAAAGUUAGCGAUCUGCUACUCAUUCCAAAAGACGCUGUCGAGUGGGAGCCGAACGUUAUGGCCGAGUGUCGCUCGACUGACGUCGACAAUUACCCGUUCGAAUACGCUACCAUGCGAGAGCAAGCGGGAGAAACAGAGAAACAUCCGAGAGAUUUGAAAUCUGCGUGCUACUGCCAUGGGAUUCGAGGCCUGCGCAAAGAUCACACCGAUGACGUGCACGCGCUUCACGGCGGUGUUUGUCCAGCUCUCGCUAUUCUGCGCGGUAUGGUGAUCCAUUUGUUUUAUGUGAAAGAGGUGCCAAAUAAAGGCUACGGAAUUUUCGCCCGAGAACGCAUUUCGAAGGGUGCUUACCUCUUCGAAUACGUCGGGGAGAUCAUCACGCGUGCGGAAGCGAGCAGACGGGAAGAACAGUACAUGGCGAACGGCCAAUUUUUUCUCGUCGACAUUCAAGGGCAAAGAAAUUCUCCGUCGUACAUGGCAUACACGAUGGAUAUGACCCGCAAGGGCAAUUUAGCGCGUAUGCUCAAUCACGGCUGCACGCCGAACGUUCGGCUGGUCGAGGCACGGGUUGAUGAAGCACUUUUGUCGGGCGUUCAGUCAAAGUUCAGGUCUGCGUCGCGGAUGUGUUGCAUAGCGAUAGAGGACAUCGAGGUGGGCGAGGAACUUUGCAUAGACUACGUCCCUGUGAAGAAAGGUGGCAGCAUGCGCAAGACUGUUCAAUGCGACUGCGGUUCCAGCGACUGCAGAGGUUGGAUUUUCUGACCGGUUCACGGUUCACAUGCUGCAGCGACGACAAGCCCGACGCGAGCGUUCGGGUGCCUUCGGGGGCUUUGACGGUCAAGUAGGAAAGAAUAU